AUGACGAGCAUCUCGAGCUACUCGACGCGGUCUCGCGCGCCGCCCCAUCCGCUCGCCACCAACCCGGACUGGGUUCACGCACGGUUUGAACGGGCUGUCGAUAUCAUCCAGAGUCUGCCAAAGAGCGGCCCGAUCCAGACCAGCUACGAGCAGAAACUCACGCUGUACAGCGUGUACAAGCAGGCCACCGAGGGCGAUGUCAAGUCGUCGCGACCGGGCAUGCUCGACAUUCUCGGACGAGCAAAGUGGGACGCCUGGAACAAGCGGAAGGGGAUGAGCCAGCUCGAGGCGGAGCGGCUGUACGUCGAGGCGUUGCUGCAGAUCCUCCGCAGCUUUUCGGACCGAACGCAGGCGGUCGAGUUGUUACGCGAGUUGGAGCACUUUGAGAUGGACAUACCGGGAGGAGCAGGUGCGGGAGCAAAGGCGAGGAGACGAGCCUCGACGUCGGCGACUGACACGGGCUCGGACUCGUCCUCGACUGCAUCGUACGACGACCGACGACCCGCUGUUGGACCCUCCGCCUCUGCAUCCCGCUCGAUGCCGCCUCCUCUCGUCCCUCCCUCGCAAUCCGCUCGACAGACGCCCUCCCGCCAGCCCAGCCGCCUCGCUCCGCCCUCUAUGACCGGCUCACACUACUCCCGCCUUACGCCAGAACAAGUCGCACCGCCCUUGCCAGGCUACGGUCCGCCUCGAACGCGCGCGGAUCCAGUUCGACGACGACAAGUCCCGGACGACGCGUACUCGACCGGCUCGUCGUACGAUUCGGCGUCGGAGGAGGAGGCAUACGCGCGACGAGCGAGCGAGUACCACCCUGCGCCGGCGUCGCUUAGCGCGAGACCGCCACCUCCACCGCGCCAUGUCGCCUCGUCGAUCCGCUCGAACGCGGGUUCGACGCCAGUCCCUCGUUCGGCGGUUCCUUCAAUCGCCGCGGGACCGUCGCUCGCAGCCGGAACGCCCUCUCUUCCUCUCACCGCCUCGAACUUGCGCGCCGUCUCCGUUCCUCCACCUUCUCUCCCGCCUCCCUCGCCCGCGCCCGUCCAAGCCCCGCUCUCCGUCGCACAACCGCCACCGGGCCUCGACGCCGCACUUGAGCGGAUCCAAGUCUCCCUCACGGCGCUACACGAGCGUCUCUCGCUCCUCGAAGAACACGCCGGUCCUUCGCCUUUGCCCGCGUCGCCCUCUACCGGCUCGGGACCGCUCGGGCUCCUGAAGGAGACGGUCAAUCGCCUGUUGGUGAUGGUCGCACUACGCCGGAACGUCUCUCUCCCUCCCUCGUCCUCCUCGCCCGCCCUCGCCCUUCGAACCCGCUCCCCUUCGCAACCCUCCUUCUUCGCACUCGUCUUCCGCCUCCUUGGCGCCGUCGCGUCAUCCGCACGGCGCGCAGCAGGCGAUCUUGCGGUGGUCUUUGCCGUUGCGGUGUUGAUUGGGCGAUUGAGGGGGGUGGAUUUGCUCGGCUUGGUCGUGAGGCGGUACCUUGGGACCGGUAGUGCGGGUGAGCGGAGGAGUGUGGGUGGGCCGUAG